UUCUUUGAAAGGGAUCUGCAGGGCGAAACUAAUCAGAAAGGAGAGGAAUUACUAGCCAAGGGGUUCGGGAUAUAACCCCGAGCAGCAGGAAGUUAGAGGAAGGAGGAAGGACCAAAGCUGGGUGUACUGGCCUCUUGACACGCCGAAAACAAAGCGGGUUUAAGGCAAGAAUGUGGGCUGAACGCUCUGGGGAUUAGAGCAGCGCGAGUCCUCCAGGCGUCUUGGAGACCGCCUGUGCGGCUGCGAACACCAGGGUCGAUGUUUUUAAAACCGGGUCCUCCUAGAGAGAUCCCCCAGUGCGCUGGCUGCAACCAGCAUAUCCUGGACAAGUUCAUCCUGAAGGUCCUGGACAGACACUGGCACAGCUCCUGCCUCAAGUGUGCAGAUUGCCAGAUGCAGCUGGCUGACAGGUGCUUCUCCAGGGCCGGGAGCGUCUACUGCAAGGAGGACUUCUUCAAGCGCUUCGGCACAAAAUGCACGUCCUGCCAGCAAGGCAUCCCCCCGACCCAGGUGGUCCGCAAGGCGCAGGACUUCGUCUACCACCUGCACUGCUUUGCCUGCAUCAUCUGCAACCGGCAGCUGGCCACGGGGGACGAGUUCUACCUCAUGGAGGAUGGGCGGCUGGUGUGCAAGGAGGACUACGAGACGGCCAAGCAGAACGAUGACUCAGAGGCCGGAGCUAAGCGGCCUCGGACCACCAUCACAGCGAAGCAGCUGGAAACGUUAAAGAAUGCCUACAAGAACUCCCCCAAGCCCGCCCGGCAUGUGAGGGAGCAGCUCUCCUCAGAGACAGGCCUGGACAUGAGGGUCGUACAGGUUUGGUUUCAGAACAGAAGGGCCAAGGAGAAGCGCCUGAAGAAGGACGCAGGGCGGCAUCGCUGGGGCCAGUUCUAUAAGAGCGUCAAGAGGAGCCGGGCAGGCAGCAAGCAGGAGAAGGAGAGCUCUGCCGAGGACUGUGGGGUUAGUGACAGUGAGCUGAGCUUCCGAGAGGAUCAAAUUCUCUCAGAACUUGGCCACACCAAUAGGAUUUAUGGCAACGUGGGGGACGUUACAGGCGGACAGUUAAUGAAUGGGAGCUUCUCCAUGGACGGGACAGGACAAUCCUAUCAGGACUUGAGGGAUGGGAGCCCCUAUGGAAUCCCCCAGUCUCCAUCCUCCAUAUCGUCCCUGCCAUCCCACGCGCCUUUGCUCAAUGGGCUGGAUUACACGGUGGACAGUAAUUUGGGCAUCAUUGCGCAUGCAGGGCAGGGAGUGAGCCAGACGCUGAGAGCCAUGGCUGGGGGACCCACCUCCGACAUCUCCACAGGAAGCAGUGUAGGCUAUCCCGACUUCCCAACGAGCCCAGCCUCUUGGCUCGAUGAAAUGGAGCACCCUCCUUUUUAAACAUCUCUCCUCCCCACCCUACCUGUCCUUCUGGCUUGAGAGAAUAGCUUCAAGGAUCAAAACAGACUGACCUUUGUAGGAUCAAAAGUGCGCCAAUGUGAAUUUCCAUUAUUUUCAAUGGAAGGAAGUCCUCUGUUGAUCCCUCGGAGGCCACCGCUCUUGGGCGUUGUUCUCCCGGGGAAGAGGCCGAGAGCUGCCUCCUCUCAGAGCACAGCACAGGGCACAGAGCCUAGAGCGCUAGGGUGCUGGCUUGCUGGCUCCCUUCCCCCACCCUGCUUAAAGGCUUUGGCUGCUCAGUGCUUGGUGGCACAGGCGACUGUGUGGGGCCACCUUGGUCUUUGGGAACUCUGCUCCAGCUGGUGUGUCUCAUGAGGUGCCUCCCAAACCAGUGCUCUUGCCAGAACGAAGCUUCUUAAGGCAGCGACAUCACAGCCCUUAUGCAUAAUAAAUGAUCUCUGGACCACCCUUAUUGAACCCUAAUUUCCGAAAUAAAAAAAGUCACUUAUUAUUAAAGGUCAGUGGAAACUUGGAUGGCCACAGUUUGAUAUUGAAAACAUGCCCCCCCCCACCCCGCUCCUUUUUUUCUUCUGCUGUGAAAAAAAUAUGACUUCUUCCCUUCCCAGAAGUACAAGCCUGAGAAUAUUUGUUGGUUUUGGUUUGUAAGAACUCCCAUCCCUGACGGCAAGAAGUGGUUUUCAUUGCAGGUGACUCUGAGGCUGGAGCUGAGUGGCCGUGGACCAUCACAGCGGCUGCCCGACGAGUCCCCUCGGAGCACAAUGUGCCUUUUUAAUUUG